AUGUUCCCUCGACUCUCUCGGCUUUUGAGCUCGAUGCGUUCCACCGACGCGAGAAACAACACCGUGCAGGACCUUCAUGAGGCCAAAGCGGCUGACAACGACACUGUAGACGCCAUGCACGAGGUUAUCAAAGAGGUGCCAGAAUACGACUCAGAUCAAUCAGCUAUCAACACUCCCACUUCUUCUACUUCUUCUACGCCUUCUAUGCACUGUACUCCGUUGCCCACCGUGCAGCAACCAUUAUUAGUUAAUAGGGAUUGCCAUUGCCGAGCAACAUCUAAUAAUAUAAGAAGCAAUGCAUCUGCCUUCUCUGGCCUUUCUGCUGCCACCUCUUCCUCCUCCUCAUCGUCUUCUUCUACGACACUCGUAUCUUCUGAGGAUAUAAACGAGUUAAAUCACAACAACACCACAGUUACCCCUUCUCAUUACGAUCCAGCAUCUAGUGCCUCUCAACACCCCACUUCGCAUAUCAACGCCUCAUCGUUACCACGCACCUCUGCUUCCGCGUUUGGUCCUGCUUCUACCGCUGCAAAUUCUACAGUUUGUACCCACAUUCCAUUACCUUUUGGCACCAGAGAAGCAGAGGCUUCCGUAACCAUCUCUUCUUCACCUCCUAGCUCGCUACAGUUGAACAUGGCCAGCGCAAGUGCGAAUCCAGAGGGUCGCUCAGUUCAUUUCGCUAAUACGAGCGCUGUUCGACAGACGAACGGUAUUAAACCCCCACCAACCUGCCAUCAUCCCUACUGCCUUUUCCCUCUACUUAGUGCAUCUUCUAACAGUCGCCUAGAACAGGGUCAGGCCCAACCACAGCCGGCCACAGAGCCCGCGACGCCACCUCCCGGAGGCCCACCUCCCACUCCCCCAACCGGUGCUGGGGCAACUCCCGACGAGGAACCAGAGGAACCAGACGAGAACGACAGUGAACCUCACGCGGUGUCUUCACCAAUACCUCUCAUCAGACAAAUAGAUCAGACUAUGCCUCAAUUCGCUCCUCCCGUCGGAGCUCGCGCCGCCGCCGCCAUGGCCGCCGCUAACAACAACCCUGCUAUCAUAAUUAUCGGCGGUGUUCCUAGCGCACCAACUCAGCCUACGACCUAUAUGCCUGCCAACUCGCAGCCACACCUCUGGGUCAACCCUCCCAUGGUCGCCCCGGCCUUUCCCUCAUUCGCGGCCUCCAACGCCUGCUCGUUUUGCAACACGAGCCAGCCUCCCGGCCAGCAGCCCUACUUCGCGGGACCCCAGUAUCCCCCGUACGCGGCCGCAUCGGCUCCGGCGCAGAUGCCGUCGGUCCAGUAUUAUGUCAACGGCUCUCCUAGCUCGGUCGUGUACUACUACAUGUAG